GUGUUAAGAAAUAGGACUGAUAUUUUGCUCAAGUGCCAUUUGACUCUGACAGGCUAAACCCCAGAACCCUCCCACUGUUGUAAUGCCAGAAUCGGUGUCCCCUUCGGCUCCUCCACCCCCACAGGUUUCAGAGAGUACCCCCCCCCCCCCCGUGGGAUUGUAUCCGUUGAUUACUGAGAGUGUGGUAGCCUGUCCAGGAACACAGGAACGGCCAGCCCAGAUAGUGUCUGUAUAUUCGCAUGUACCUUUCAAUCCAGUCCAUCUAGCUGCUUUUAAGGCAGAGGCAGGAGAAUUCUCAACGAAUCCAAGCAAGUUCAUUUCUAUUUUUGAAGGGUGUCUAGCUAGCCAUAAGCCUGACUGGGAUGACUGUAAUAUACUUAUGAGAACCCUGUUGUCUGAAGUGGAGCGGAAUCAGGUCAUAGCCAAAGCCAGGGAGGAGGCACAGAAAAGGUAUGAUGAGGAUAGAGAAGGCAAGCCUUUGCCGGAUGUCGCUGUCCCCCUAGUGGACCCCCGGUGGAAUCCGAAUGAGGAGGGGGAUUUGAGGCUGCUUAACUCCUAUAAGGAACUGCUUAUGCAUGGUCUCCGACACUCAGCUGUCAGGCAGGUUUUUCCUCUAGUCUGGGCAUCAGGGGUCCCAGGGAAAGCAAACCGUCAAACCCCCGUGCAUAUUCAGCUCCUCACAGAAAAAAGCCCAGUGCGGAUCAAACAGUAUCCAAUUAAAAGGGAAGCCAGAGAGGGACUGCAAGAGACUAUAGAUCAGUUCCUGGAGUGCGGUGUACUACGAGAAUGCCAGUCAGCUUGGAACACCCCCAUUCUGCCCAUACAGAAGCCCAAUGGCACGUAUCGGCUGGUACAGGACCUCAGGGCGGUUAAUGAGCGGGUUAAGACUCUGUACCCCCUGGUUCCAAAUCCGUAUACACUGUUGGCCUCUAUAGGGGGGCAAUAUACCCAUUUCUCAGUCCUAGAUUUAAAAGAUGCUUUCUUCACGAUUCCAGUUGACAUCCAGUCUCAGGAGAUUUUCUCCUUCGAAUGGGAAGACAAACGAAGGGUUAAAAAGCAGCUUUGCUGGACAGUAUUGGCUCAAGGAUUUAAAAAUUCCCCCACUCUGUUCGGCCAGGCUUUGGCCAGAGACUUGGAGGAGUGGGAUAAUUCAGACAGAACCCUCCUGCUGCAAUAUGUAGAUGACUUGUUAAUUGCUGCUGUGGGUCUAAUCCCUUGUCUCAGAGCUACUGUGAGUCUCCUAAACUUUAUUGGACUGCGAGGAUACAGGGUAUCUCAAUAUCUUUCAGAGGUUCAAUAUCUGGGAUUUCACAUCAGGCAGGGAGAGAGACAGCUUUCAAACGAAAGAAAGGAGGCUAUCUGCUAAGUUCCCAUCCCCAGCAACCGUAAACGGCUUAGGGCAUUCCUGGGCAUGGCAGGUUUUUGCAGAAUAUGGAUUCCAGAGUUUGGACUGUGGGCUAAACCUCUGUAUGAAUGUGUUAAGGGAGCAGAUCAUGACCCCUUUCACUGGUCCCCAGAAGCGGACAGGGCAUUUCAGUUUUUAGGUGCCUAGAAGCGUCCUGUGGCAUACUUUUCUAAACAACUGGAUCAAGUUUCAAAGAGAUGGCCAGCCUGUUUGAGGGCGGUCGCAGCUACUGCUCUAGUGCUUGGGGAAGCUGAAAAACUGACACUGGGAGGAACUGUGCAAGUGUAUGUUCCCCAUAUGGUCCAAGCCUUGCUGGACACUAAGGGUGGUCUUUGGCUCACACAGGCUCGGGUUGCUUGGUACCAAGAGAAACUGUUAGAGAAUCCUGAAGUCACCCUGCAGAUCUGUCCCUCCCUUAAUCCAGCUACACUGCUACCAGAGACAGAAAAGCAGGAACAUGACUGUCUAGAAAUC